UUCCUUGUCUUUGAUUUACGCGUCGUUUUCACUUCUUGGACUUUCGGCUAUGGCGGAGGUUCCCUCCUUGACGCUCAAGAGUCCUUCGCACAUCGCCAUGCCGGCUCUUGGGUUUGGCAGUGGAACCCGAAGUGACUCCCAGGAGAUCAGCGACGCUGUUGUUUGCGCGAUCAAGCUUGGAUAUCGGCACUUCGACACGGCCAGUGUCUAUGGAACCGAGGCUGCGAUUGGAGCCGGCCUCGCACAGGCUAUGGAUGCCGGCCUCGUUACAAGACCCCAGCUUUUUGUCACUUCCAAGCUCCAUAGCGACAUGCACGACGACGUUCUUGGAGCUGUGAAAACAAGCCUCAGCAAUCUCAAGCUGGACUACUUGGAUCUAUAUCUGAUCCAUGCUCCACUUAAGAUAAGAAGAACGAACUACGCAUCCUUUCCAGCCGAGGAAGACUUCUUGCCAUUAGAUUUAAGAGGCACUUGGCAGGGAAUGGAGGAGUGCUUGCAGCAGGGUCUUGCUCGAGCGAUUGGAGUGAGUAACUUUAGCGUGAAAAAGCUCCAGGACUUGAUGGAGCAUGCCAAAGUCAUCCCAGCAGUUAACCAGGUUGAGCUUCAUCCAGUGUGGCAGCAGCGAAAGCUUCGAGACUUUUGCAGCAGCAUGGGGAUCCAAGUCGUGGCAUGGUCUCCACUGGGUGGUCUUGGAAAACCAUGGGGCUCUCGCAGCGUUUUAGACAAUCCAGUCGUUCAAGAGCUCGCAUCCAAGUACCAGAAAACUCCAGCUCAGAUAAUUCUUCGCUGGAUCACCACGCUCGGACUCGGUGCCAUCGUCAAGAGCUACAACCCCGAUCGACUCGCGCAAAACCUCCAGAGCUUCGACUUCUCUCUGAGCGAGCAAGAUCUGGCAAAGAUCGAAAGCAUCGCUCCGCAGGAGAGGCUGGCGAAGUGGAAAGAGCUGUGUAACUCCACAACCAGUCCAUACAAAUCUCCACACGAGCUAUGGGAUGGCGAGCUCUAGCUGGAGAACUUUGCUAAGCUCUUCGUGUGCUGGUUAUAUUGGCAAGAACAACGUAAGGUGCCGCGCUUGUGGGUUCCAAUCCAA